AUGUUUUGGGAAGGAAUUGAGCUACCACCUGACAUUGAAGAUGUAAGAUUGGAAUUUCCUUACAUUUUCGUAAAGUCUACCCCACUGUUCGACGUUCUAGAUGAUGACUACAUUCUCCAGCGAUGUCGAGAGCGGUCCACCAGUCUAAUAAACUAGUGAGUGCUCACAUUCGGUAAUUGCCUUCAGCCUCUCAAAAUCGGAAAGAAUAAACGAGCUGAUUGAUUUGGUAACGGAUCAGUCCAACAUUCGAUUUGAUGUUGAACGUUUUAAGUAAGUACACGUCGUGAAAAUGUCCACGUGUUUACAUGUCGGACGUUACUUACGUAUCGUCAUUUUUCUCUUAUUUGCCGACAUUCCUAGUUAAUUCACUGGGCUCUCCCACGAGAACCAGAAUAAGGCAGUUUGCGAAGCAUAUUGCCUUUUGCCUUAUUGUAUACAACAUAACAAUAGUUCCGUUACACGUAUAUGUGAAAUGCAUUUACGGUUAUGCUCGGCUUGUGUGAGCUCGCUUAAGCCCUUAUUCAGUAAAAAAAGUUAUGCUCUUUUGAUGUAGCACAAAGUUCAAGCUUAAAGACCAAGCAUGGCCGACACCCGAAGCAAGAUACGGUGUUUGUUUUAUAUCUCAUCCAAGUUGAUACACAUUAAGAUUGCCUUUUUCACGAGACCAACCCUCCUCAUAAUAUGAAUUCUAAUGAGCAAUCACGUUUCGUCGUUGUCGAACAGCACUGUUAGGUUAGGUGUUAGUAAUUUAACUACCUUGUAUCAAUUUUUGCUAUCUUGUAGACGGCCGUCUGUCGCCGCGGAGAUCCUCUCGAGUGAUGUCCCACAAUUACUGGACUUUCUUGUCUCAUCUGGACAGGGAGCAGUAUCGUCGAGCGAGCAGUCAAAAGGACCUACAGAGACUCCCAAGGCCCUCCGGAUGCCGUUUGUGGAUAAUUUAUUAUCAUUCCUCGACACUCCUGGGGCAUUAAACCCCUUGUCGGCGAGCUUCUUCUCCAAAAUUCUCAUCAAUCUCUUGUCUUUUCGUGCCGCCGAAGUGAGCUUUAUCCUUCGUAUACGCUGCUUUGUAACAAACAUUUAAUUCACACACAUAUAGUCCUUACUUUCGAUCGUAUCGAAUAGCAAAUAUUUUGCGCCGGUUUUGAUGAAAUACGUGGGUCGUCUUCGCCUAAGCUUCAAAUCCUUAUAAACGUUAGAAUAAUAUUCCUCCCCCAGCCAACAGCAUCACCUUCGCCUUCGAUGACACAAUGGGUGACUGCGUAGGCUGUCAUCUGAUCAUGCUUACCACAAAACACUCCUCUUGCUUCAGGCAUCUGGUUUCUAACAUUCGACUCCAUGCAUCAACCAGAGCUACAUUGCACGAAUCAGUUUAUUUCAGUCCAAGUCGUUCGACAAUGUCCCCUGCUCCGUAUGAUUCCUACUUGUUUUGAUUUUUAGCUCGUGCCUUAUUUAAAAGCCAGGCCGGACUUCUUCCCCAACAUCCUACAGCAUCUUGACACCUCGGCCAUCAGCGAUCUCCUAGUGGAAUUAGCACAACAGGACAACGGCCAGCAGCAUGUAGUUGCCAAGGUGAUUAUGGAUUCCUAAAAUUUUAAAGCACAGAAACCAAAUGCCGUCCUAUUCCUCAGAUAUUUUAACUCUCCUGGACCACUUUGUUUCGACUUACUUGAAAGUUUUUGUAUUCUCGAGUGAAAGUCAGUAUAAUUCAUAUAAGCGAACCACCCGAUCUUAUGUGGCAUGACUUUUGAGGGAAAAAUUUAACGUAUGGAAUCCGACUUCUUUGCUUUUUUUAAACUUUCGGCUCUCUUGUAGACGCGUGUAGAUACUUUUUAAGCAGCUCUGCUUACCUAUUUCAUCUGAUUUGUUGUCUGUGACGUAAUUUUAUCUAAAUAUGAAUCAUGGCCAUGUCUGUUGUAAGGGUAAGUGAUCUUACUAAGACUGCCUGCUAAAUACUCUCCAAAGGAGUCGAGUCUUAUACGAGGUGUUCAAGAGAAACCUCGUAUGACUGUAAAACCUCUUCAACGUUUCACUAUUUUUUUAACACUUUUUGUAAAAUCUGUAUUGACAAUCGCACCCUUGGAUAUGUUUCCUGGAAAUACAGAAAGCCUUUUUGGUCUAAGUCGUUGAGAAGCAAAGAACGCACGUCAUUAAAUUCACGAACUUGGGAUUUUAUGCUUCAUGGUUGCUAUCCUUUUUAUUAUGUUAAGUGGCAUCUGCUUACAAUAUCACGGAGGUAUAUUUCAUCUGCAUGCCGUGUUCAAAGCUUGGGUAUAUGCUGCUUUCGGUAUUCUAGUGUUAUAUGUGCCAGAAAGGCCCUUUCCAGUUGUAUUUCCAACAACUUUGACUGUGAGUCAUUGUAAAAGCACAAACGCGCAAACUAGGGACCAUCGACUGCUGUACGAGCGAGUGAUACUUACUCUCUGAGAGGUCCAUCACUGCUCUAAGAUGUUAGUGCUGUCCUCACGUGCGUGUUAAUUUGCUUAUAAUCAAGCAAACUUGCAUUGCUUCCACACGCAUCAUGUUCCGAUGUCAAGACAGCUGGCGAUGGGUGUGGGCGCAGGGGUUAACAAAACUACGCAGUUUAGCUAUGCGUUCCACGCACAACCCGUUGCCUACUUCCACACGUACCAGUUCUCAUGCUGGGAGAGUGUCUUGAAUCCCACAUAGCUGACAGUACGACGGUCACAUUAAAAAGCCAUUGCAGUCUGACCCUCGUUUUAAAGGAAGUUCGAGUCAUCCGUCGUCUGACAGCGUACCAAGACACAGCUUUUAUUAAGCCAUGAUAGAUUCAUCCAGAAUCUACCUCUUCCCCUUCACAUGCAGUCUGUCAGCUGGCUAGUGCGAGCACGUAAGCAAGUAAGAUAGUUUGCCGUUAUAACCGACGCUGUAAACGGUACCAUAGAAUGGAUGUGAAUGAUGGGUGACCGUGGUGUCUUCAAAAAUGACCGAAAAAGCACAUGCUAUGACUGAGUGUUGGGAAAUGAUGUGAGCUUGAAUGAUGCGUGUUAUUUUAAGGAUCGCUGCCGUGUGUAUGCAUAUGAGCGAAUAGGCUCACACGACGACAGAGUGUGCGGGUGCGGUGUGGGCAGGGGAGGCGUGAAUAACGAGUUUGCAGCGCCUCCAGGCGCCGGUGCAGUGCAGUGCGGUGCACUUGCAGUCGUUGUCAGACUGGUGCAUGAUUGGAAUGUGCAAUCACCGCGGGAGAAACGUUGACGCUGAGUCCCCACAACUGGUGGUUGCCUUCUACUCCUUGUCAGUGUCACCAUAUUCACGGCUACAUAGGUGUUCAAUCGGGAAGAUGAGGUUACCAUGAGGACACUUGAAAGAGGUGCGUUCAGUGACGACACGAGGGUCGUCUUUUUGUGAAGAGGGUGACUCGCUCGCGCUCACGCUGCGACAAAUUGGCACGCGUCCGACAAUACCAAUCCAGGCUUUUAACGCGGUUUGGGCUAUGGCAUUCUACUCUUCUUUGCUUCUCAUCUGGCCUUGGCCUCCAAUAUUCGUCUUUCUUUAAAAAUAGCAACUAUAACCACCGCCACUACCUUCCACAGUCACUGUUUCCUGCGGCCGCCGCCGCCGCCGCCGCCACCACCACCACCACCAGUCCUGGUGAUCGACGUAUUAUAAUGCAUCCGUCUCACGGGUGCCACAUGCCAUCUCGGCCCUGCUUAUGCAUGGCACAACAAUUCCACACGUUAUGGUCGUCGUGAGUCAAUCAGGAUUGUUACAGAUUCUUGGGUAAAGGUGCGAUAAGUUGCGAGUUCCUGGCCAACAGUAAAUCCUAUCACCGCCUUUUGGACACCAUUUACGUACUGUCGUCCUUACCUGCUUAUUAGAAUAUUAGGAUUGUUUUUCAUAUCACCUACAUACUAUUGCCUACUCCGACAGAAUCUUCGGUAGUCCUCAGCAAUUAGCGCGGAAGACCGCAGGGUCCACAUAUUUUCUGGUUAAAAUUGGGCCUUUUGCUUCGUGUAAGGUCUUUCGGGAUUUGCUGGUCCUAGCUAGUUAUUGUAUUUGCACGCCCUCAGCCAUUUGAGGCGAAAGUAUAAGCGCGGUGGCUGGCGUCCCAUUUCAGGCAGGCAUUGUCUGCGAGACUUCCGUUUCUUUCGGAGGCACUGGUUCCCCACCGCCUUUGCACGCCACAACGGAAUUGUGCACCGGAUGGGUGUCACAUUUGAUUUUUUGUCUUCCAGGCUGAGCCUACAGCGGAUUUGAGCAAGAAUGCGGCCUAUCAGAGGACGGCGAAAUGUACUUCUUUUUUUUUUCGCAAAAAAAGGAAGGAGAACAUACUGACAGUUGAAUUGUCAAGCCUAACUUUGUGCCUGCCAGAAUUGGUUUGCUGGGUGUGGAUUUUCUUCCAGGCUGGCAAAGCCUCUCCUAACUCCACACAUUCCUCAUCUGUUAUUCUUUACUCGAAUUUCCUGUUGUGCACGUUUAUAAUCUAUCUAAUCCGAAUUCAGUCAUUUCUUACGGCCCGGUUCUGUCUUUUGUGCAUUUAGUGGUUUCUGGAGGCCGAUCUCAUACCUCAACUUCUUGACGAGCUCUCGGCUAAUUCAGCCCAGGAGGUUAGUUAAUGUCAUGCGCCGCGCAUCCUCAUUUCACGCUUCAUUAUGUUUGCCACUUUAUCAUGCCCGGGCAUCAACGUGUCUGUCUUGCGAUUAUAUUUCAAGGCUGAAAAAUGAAGAAAAGUUCAUCGUGUGGAAUGCGCACCACAUCGGAAGCAUACGCAAAGACUGAAGCAGUUCUAAUGCUUACGUCUCACUGGCCUAGGCUAACGUGCUAGGAUGCCUGCCUUCGAUUCCGAACAAAAACACCUUUUAAACCAUACCCAUUGGCAGUAACCCCCCCUCCCCUCCCCCUCCUCCUCCUCCUCCUCCUCCUCCUCCUCCUCCUCCUCAGCCUACUACUACUACUACUACUACUACUACUACUACUACCACCACCACCACCACUAGUACCUCCGCGCCCCCUCUAUAUAGGUGAGGUUGAUGAGUGCGAUUUUGAAACGUCUGGAACACGAACAAGGUAUUGGGAAGCAAAAAGCUUUCCCAACCUACUCUUAUCAUUGAGAGCUGGGCUGCCUUUGUGCACACAUCAAAGACUAACCUGCACUUCUAGCGGAAGAUGUAUAAGCAGCAGCAGCAGCAACAGCGGAGGAGGAGCUGGGCUCUCCAAUACAAAAAAAGCUCUUAGUUCGGACUAGUGUCUACCUUAUUCCGGAGGUCUACUACGAGCACGAAGAAGCAUGAAAAAGGGGUCAUGAGAAGGUACUUGCACAAGCUGACCAUAUACUCCUCAGACGAAACUGCACUACUGACAAAGAUGGGGUAAACUGCCUUAACGGCAUACCUGCACUAAAUUUGGUGUUGACGUUGCAGUAGUUGAACCUACCAUUAUGUAAUACCCCCGCCAACAUCUUAUCCCAGGAGCGGACUGGGGCGUACGAGAGGCGACGCCCAGCCCCUCAAAAGACGCUACUAUCUGUGAACAAUGGCAAAACUUUGACGAUGGUGCGCAGGCGUAUUGCAAACUGCAGUCGGUGACGCCCAUUAGGCGCCUCUGUCUGCACAAGAAAUAACACUAUUGGUCGCAGGGAAAUCGCCAACAUACAGAGCCUCCUCUACCAUUGCCAUCGCCGCUACCGCUGCCGUUGUUAUUUGAAUGCUAUCACCCUUGUUCCUGCUUUGGACACCAUUAGCCUAUGGCCUGUGCAUGAUUCAUAAUAAUCAUACAGAGCAGUGUGCUCUGAAUUGAAGAAGGCUAUAUCGUUUCGGGCAAUUGGGAGGACCGGAUAAAUGGCAUAACUCGUCUUUUUCUCACAACAAGAGUCGUUCUUUUAUCUUGUCGACCUUUGUCUUCCUCAUGUCUGUCUUUUGGUCUUCCAUUUCUGCCCUGUUUAGAGACACGAGUACUGUGCUCGGUGCCUGUGUGAGCUGUACUCCAUCUUCCGCAACUAUAUAGCUCUGAAUGCACCCGACCACACGCCUGACUCUGAUGUGGUCGAUCUUUCCGCUCUCCUCAAAAAUUUCGAUUCUGAUGAGGAAAGAACCAUGUUUCAGAUGGCCUUAGAGGUCCUGGAUCAACUCGAAAGGUAAUUUGGCCGAAACGACCUGAUCAUAAUGUCCCAGAGGAAUAUUCACUAGUAUAUAUAUAUAUAUAUGCACAUAUAUUUUGGAGGGUAAUAAGUCUUUUGGGAGAUGCAACAAACUUUAUUCUGUUAAUUUUCCAUGCUGGUUCUCCAGGUCGUCGUCAGACGUGUGGAAAGUAUGCAAAGCAGUCAAAACUUUUGAAAGGGACAAAAAAUCUAUGCCAAUGAUUCAUAGUCUUGGUUGGCACCUUGUGUUGAUUGGUUUUGGUCUCUUCCAUCUUUCCCUGAGAUUAUUGUAAACGGCAUCGAGUUCAGUGGGCCGGUUAAUGCAUGAUUAAUCGGGAUAUAUGGCCUCCAAAAAUUUACGGCCUUUUUAGAUGGACGGACACCAUCAAUGCGCUUUCUGUCCCAAGCAAGUUUAUGGCUAGUUUUCAGUGUGUCCUGGCAACUCGGAGCAAGUGGUUUCGUUCCUCACGGCCAGUUGAUGUUCGUUUAUGCACAUAGAGGCCGGCUUUCCAGUUUGACCGUCGUACGCUGCACUGCAGGCGUCACACUGAAUCUUGUAGACAACCUCUUAUCUAAAUAACUAGCCCUACCCGUAGGAUGUGCGAGCUGGUUGCGUAAUGUGGUCGUCGGUCUUUGCUCCACUUGUAUUUGAUGUCUCCUCAGGUGUUUUUCAGCGAGCUCAGACACGUUUUUAAUGUACAGAAGAGUUCUCCAGGUUUUCUAUUUAGGCGUUUGAUCGGAACAAACUAGUUCCUUGUCUUUUUAUGUUAACUCAUAUUGUCUCAUCCACUGGCGUACAGAAUCUCCGGGGUACUCAUUUUGGGAAGAGGGUGUUAACACCUUGUGGUCGAGCCCGCGUCCUUUUGAUUAUUAUGCGUUGUAAGUUAAGCGUUUUGACCAUUGGUUACGGCGCCUUGUCCUGUCGUCUGCGACCAGGAGGGGGUUCGACCCUCAGGUUCCCCAAUUCUGAGGUUGGAGAAAGCCAGCUGACGACGACUAACAAGCCCGAAAUGGCCACCCAAGUCUCCCGUGUGUUCGUCGGUAAUAUCACUCUGCGUAUAAUGCUAGCCGCAGUGCGUUCGCCGCUGUAUAUUCGGCCGUGAUCAGAACCGAUCAACUGCAGCGCCUUUUGGUUCUAUUAGUCGCGAGUCUUUAGGGUUAGUUCUCGAGUUAAACGACCCAUUCACGGAAAGCGUGUCGGUGAUCAAAGCUCUGCUUAAUAUCGCGCGCUUGUGUUAGAAAUAUGAUCAAACAUCCUCCCCCUCAGCAACCUCAUUAACUAUAUUACAGAGCGAGGCGUCCGUUGUCCCGAAGGUGCUGAGAGAUCAAUCGGAAGAGCCAAUUUCAAGCACACGCGUCUUCUUUCACGAUAAUCUAAUAAGGAUGUCAGACAUGACCCGCGCUUAAAACCGCGAGUAUGUAUUCUACCGGCUGUGAUUGCGUUAUCAUAGUUGCCUUUAUGAACCCAGGCGAUGAGAGUGAUUUUACUGAGCUCACCUCCGGUGAUCGUCACAGCUCUGUUUUCCAGCUUUUCCCGUUCAACUGCUUGAGCGAAUUAUAAUCUGAGCCACUUGCACAGCAUUAAUUGCACUACCUCCUCCCAAUUUCCCCAAGUUUAAUAAACAUGACUGGGCAGUGACGCCUGGAUGUAGAUUUGGAUGCGGCAGCGGGCUUGACAUAAGGCUCCAGUCUACACGUGCAGCCAAGUGUGUGGUCCCUAGGUUGGAGAAGCGCACUGAUAGCUCCCAUCUAAUUUUGUCCGCCAAUCGGACCAAUUAUCAGGGUGGGGUCGCUGCUGGUAGACAUUAGAGCUUACCGUCGACUGACGGUUAGAAUGAACUAACAACUUUGAGGGGUCAGUCAAACCUACCGUGCUGGCCUUCGGGCGCCUGAUAUCACAGUUAAAUCUGUCUUGAUUUCUUGCAGCGAACCCUACCAGUGUCUUCGCUUAGAUGUUUUUUGGUAACAAUCGGGAGAUGGCACCCAAAAAAUCCGUUACCUAGAAAUAAUACCUUUAACAGUGGACUCAAACGCCUUCAGGCUAUAUCAGCGGUUGCAGGCCUACUUUCACGCAAUACUUGGACUUUCUCCGACGGCCUAACAUGGACUGGCCGAACGAACAUCGCAGGAGGUUACAUGGACGAUGGUCGUUGUUACCCAACCUUCCCCAUCGUUACACACGUACACCUGAAUAUACGGCUUACAUUCGCAUUAUGGCAGUUUAUUACAAAACAAAAUCACUUUUAAAUAGGAUAAGUCUGCACAACAUGGGACAGGAACAGUUCCCAGGCAUCUGUCAAAGACAUGGCAUUGAGGCCAAACCAAAGACGAUACUGUACUUCGUCUAUGUGAGCCCACACAGGUCGACCACGUACAGGGUCUCCCUCGUGGAGUUUCCUUUUCAGUCUACUCCAGUAUGCCUCAAUGGCAUUGGUGUGCCGUCCGGUGGUAGGGUGUUUAAAGUUCUUUGAGUGGUUAACAGAUAAAUGUAGAUAACCUUCUGAGAGAAGACGAUUAUACGCCUUCCACUCGUCCGUUACCACUAUACUGCCUUUGGCGACCGAUUUUGUAAUAUUGGAACAGAGAGCGGGCCAACUUCGAUCAUUCGUCUGUUCAAAUAAGGCUGGUAUCGUACAUCCUGACCAGCCACCACCCAUAAAACCCCUAUUACCACCUGUCCCGUAAGACAGACUGCUUUGGCUAGGCAGAUUUUUUGGGUGCCGUCUCCCGAUUAUUACCGUUUUUUUUGAUUCACCACACGCCUUUUUGCAAGUAUUAUUUCUCAUGUUGCUGCUACACAAUCCUCCGUCCUCCCGACAGUGAGAAAACCCUUGGCCGACUACUGGAUCUCCUAAUUGAGGGCUCCGGGAAGUCCUCCUCUGUCGUUACUAACUCCUGUGAGGUCUUUCUCACGUGCAUCGACAAGGCGAAAUCGUAAGUAUUUGUGCUAUACUAACGUUUACCACCCUCUGCAUUCACUAGCUAUGCACCAUUCCAGCCAUGUGAGCCAUGUUUCCUAUUAGAAAGGUAAAGUGGUAUAUUUACAGUAGACGUGCUAACUCAUGAAAUGUUAACAGAAAUUCAAAAAUGCGUUUUUGACUGGAAAAGACUACCUAAGUAGGGCUGUAAUGUUAAUGGCCGUUUAGUAUAAUUCAUAGAUAUUUCAGUUACUUCGCGGUGCCGGUUUUCUGAACGAACUUCUUCCCAGGCGCCUGCGAAAAUUACACUCGGUAAAAAAUGACUACUAUAGUAGUAUGAAUUUUUCCCAUUGAUUUUCGAUGCCUUUAUAAGUUCAACUAUACUUCAUGGCAAGCAUGCACAAAAAUAUUCAUUCCUUUACUCAUUUGGUAGAAAAUGACGUUGUCUUUAAAUUUUAUACUUGAAGAAGGAGCAUAAUUCGGUUUUAAAAAGUUUCUUAUUAUGAGACUUUUUAAGAUCCUGAAAUGCCCGUUUAUGAAACAUCGUGUCUCUGCA